UACGCCAGCGCCGACUGGCGUCCUGGUGGAGUCUGCACAGAGGAGACACCUGAUCCGGUGGGAGGCGGCCAGGGGAGCGGGCGCGAAUUGGCUGGAGCAGACGGGGGUCGGCUGGGCGCGGCGCUGACUGGGAGACCGCAGUCCGGGGGAGCGCACCGAAGUUCUCACGUGGCCCAGGCGCGGGGUCCAACAUGGUGGCGUUAGGAGCCCCGACUCAGUGAUGGCGGCCUUGGAGGGGCCCCCUACCGAGCGGGAGGCUGGGGGUGGCCCGGAGGUGAGACUCCGCUGCAUUCACAGAGUUGGGGGCCGCGGCGCCUGCGUCCUCCGGCAAGCUAGGAGUGGAGCAGAACUCAUAUGCCUAUGCGGAGAGGCCUGGGGGACUUCAGGAGGAUGUAGGCUCCGAGUGCGCAUGGCUGGGCAUUCUUGCUCUCGGAGUGACCCCGCGGGGAGACUAGACUAAGCUACAGGAAUGAACUGUAUGGUUCAGAUUCUGAAAACAGGAAUAAGAUGAAGGAAUGAAAAUCAAAGAUGGAAAUUUCUGAAGAAAAGAAGUCAGCAAGGGCUGCAUCCAAAAAACUCCAAAGACAGAUCACCCAGGAAUGUGAGUUAGUUGAAACCAGUAAUUCUGACGACAGAUUGUUGAAGCACUGGGUAAGCCCUUUAAAGGAUGCAGUUAGACAUCUCCCUUCCCAAAAGAGAAGUAUCAGGGAAAUGCGUAUUAUCCCCAAGAAAGCCAUUGUGGGCGAGAUUGGCCAUGGAUGUAAUGAAGGAGAAAAAAUACUUUCUGCAGGAGAAAGCUCCCAUAGAUAUGAGGUUAGUGGCCAAAACUUCAAACGUAAGUCAGGAUUAACUGAACAUCAGAAAAUUCAUAAUAUAAAUAAGACCUAUGAAUGUAAGGAAUGUGGAAAAACCUUCAACAGGAGUUCAAACCUGAUCAGACAUCAGAGAAUUCAUACAGGAAAUAAACCAUAUGUGUGUAAUGAAUGUGGAAAAGACUCUAAUCAAAGUUCAAAUCUUAUACAUCAGAGAACUAAUACAGGAAAGAAACCUUAUAUAUGUCAUGAACGUGGAAUAGACUUCAAUCAGAGCUCUAAUCUGGUGAGACAUAAUCAAAUUCACAGUGGCAGGAAUCCCUAUGAGUGCAAAGAGUGUGGGAAGGCUUUUAAGGGAAGCUCAAAUCUUGUCCUACACCAGAGAAUCCACAGUGUGGGGAAGCCAUAUUUAUGCAAUAAAUGUGGGAAGGCCUUCAGCCAAAGGACAGAUCUUACUAUACAUCACAGAAUUCACACUGGAGAGGAUCCCUAUGAAUGUUAUGACUGUGGACAGAUGUUCGGUCAAAGUUCACACCUUGUCACACAUCAGAGAAUUCACACUGGAGAGAAACCCCUCAAGUGUAAUGAAUGUGAAAAAGCCUUCAGGCAGCAUUCUCGCCUUACUGAACACCAGAGACUCCACAGUGGAGAGAAACCCUAUGAAUGUCACAAACGUGGGAAGACCGUCAGUGGGCGCACAGCUUUCCUCAGACAUCAGAGACUGCAUGCUGGAGACAAACUUGAAGAAUGUGAGAAAACCUUCAGCAAGGAUGAGGAGCUUACAGAAGAGCAGAGAAUUCACCAGGAAGAGAAAGCUUAUUGGUGUAAUCAGUGUGGUAGGAAUUUCCAGGGCAGCUCAGACCUCAUCAGACAUCAGGUAACUCAUACAGGAGAGAAACCGUAUGAAUGUAAAGAAUGUGGGAAAACUUUCAAUCAGAGCUCAGACCUUCUGAGACAUCAUAGAAUUCACAGUGGAGAAAAACCUUAUGUAUGUGGCAAAUGUGGGAAAUCUUUUAGGGGUAGCUCAGAUCUUAUUAGACACCAUCGUAUUCAUACUGGAGAGAAACCCUAUGAAUGUAGUGAAUGUGGGAAAGCCUUCAGCCAGCGGUCACACCUUGUUACACACCAGAAAAUCCAUACUGGAGAGAAGCCCUAUCAGUGCAAUGAAUGUGGGAAAGCCUUCAGACGGCGUUCCCUCCUUAUUCAACAUCGGAGAAUUCACAGUGGUGACAAACCCUAUGAAUGUAAGGAAUGUGGGAAACUCUUCAUUUGGCGCACGGCUUUCCUCAAACAUCAGAGAUUGCAUGCUGGAGAGAAACUUGAAUGUGAGAAAACCUUCAGCCGGGAUGAGGAGCUUACGCAAGAGCAGAGAAUUCACCAGGAAGAGAAAGCUUAUUGGUGUAAUCAGUGUGGUAGGGCUUUCCAGGGCAGCUCAGACCUCAUCAGACAUCAGGUAACUCAUACAAGAGAGAAACUGUAUGAAUGUAAAGAAUGUGGGAAAACUUUCAAUCAGAGCUCAGACCUUCUGAGACAUCAUAGAAUUCACAGUGGAGAAAAACCUUAUGUAUGUGGCAAAUGUGGGAAAUCUUUUAGGGGUAGCUCAGAUCUUAUUAGACACCAUCGUAUUCAUACUGGAGAGAAACCCUAUGAAUGUAGUGAAUGUGGGAAAGCCUUCAACCAGCGGUCACACCUUGUUACACACCAGAAAAUCCAUACUGGAGAGAAGCCCUAUCAGUGCAAUGAAUGUGGGAAAGCCUUCAGAUGGCGUUCCCUCCUUAUUCAACAUCGGAGAAUUCACAGUGGUGACAAACCCUAUGAAUGUAAGGAAUGUGGGAAACUCUUCAUUUGGCUCACGGCUUUCCUCAAACAUCAGAGAUUGCAUGCUGGAGAGAAACUUGAAUGUGAGAAAACCUUCAGCCGGGAUGAGGAGCUUACGCAAGAGCAGAGAAUUCACCAGGAAGAGAAAGCUUAUUGGUGUAAUCAGUGUGGUAGGGCUUUCCAGGGCAGCUCAGACCUCAUCAGACAUCAGGUAACUCAUACAAGAGAGAAACUGUAUGAAUGUAAAGAAUGUGGGAAAACUUUCAAUCAGAGCUCAGACCUUCUGAGACAUCAUAGAAUUCACAGUGGAGAAAAACCUUAUAUAUGCACCAAAUGUGGGAAAUCUUUUAGGGGUAGCUCAGAUCUUAUUAAACACCAUUGUAUUCACACUGGAGAGAAACCCUAUGAAUGUAGUGAAUGUGGGAAAUCCUUCAGCCAGAGGUCACACCUUGCUACACACCAGAAAAUCCAUACUGGAGAGAAGCCCUAUCAGUGCAACGAAUGUGGGAAAGCCUUCAGGCGGCAUUCCCUCCUUAUUCAACAUUGGAAAAUUCAUAGUGGUGAGAAACCCUAUGAAUGUAAGGAGUGUGGGAAACUCUUCAUGUGGUGCACACGUUUCCUCAAACAUCAGAGACUGCAUGCUGGAGACAAAUUUGAAGAAUGUGAGAAAACCUUCAGCAAGGAUGAAGAGCUUAGGGAAGAGCAGAGAAUUCACCAGGAAAAGAAAGUUAAUUUGUGUAAUCAGUGUGGUAGGACCUUCCAGGGCAGCUCAGACCUCAUCAGACAUCAGGUAACUCAUACAAGAGAGAAACCAUAUGAAUGCAAAGAAUGUGGGAAAACUUUCAAUCAGAGCUCAGACCUUCUGAGACAUCAUAGAAUUCAUAGUGGAGAAAAACCUUACGUAUGCAACAAAUGUGGGAAAUCUUUUAGGAGCAGCUCAGAUCUUAUUAAACACCAUCGUGUUCAUACUGGAGAGAAACCUCAUGAAUGUAGUGAAUGUGGGAAAGUCUUUAGCCAGAGAUCACACCUUGUUACACACCAGAAAAUCCAUACUGGAGAGAAGCCCUAUCAGUGCACUGAAUGUGGGAAAGCCUUCAGGCGGCAUUCCCUCCUUAUUCAACAUCAGAGAAUUCAUAGUGGUGAGAAGCCCUAUGAAUGUAAGGAAUGUGGGAAACUCUUCAUGUGGCGCACGGCUUUCCUCAAACAUCAGAGACUGCAUGCUGGAGAGAAACUUGAAGAAUGUGAGAAAACCUUUAGCAAGGAUGAGGAGCUUAGGAGAGAGCAGAGAACUCACCAGGAAGAGAAAGCUUAUUGGUGUAAUCAGUGUGGUAGGAAUUUCCAGGGCAGAUCAGACUUCAUUAGACAUCAGGUAACUCAUACAGGAGAGAAACCAUAUGAAUGUAAAGAAUGUGGGAAAACUUUCAAUCAGAGCUCAGACCUUGUGAGACAUCAUAGAAUUCACAGUGGAGAAAAACCUUAUGUAUGCAACAAAUGUGGGAAAUCUUUUAGGGGAAGCUCAGAUCUUAUUAGACACCAUCGUGUUCAUACGGGAGAGAAACCCUAUGAAUGCCCUGAAUGUGGGAAGGCCUUCAGUCAGAACUCACACCUUAUCAGUCAUCAAAGAAUUCAUACCAGAGAGAAACCCUUUGAAUAGCAGCAACUGUGGUAAGGCCUUCAGGGGGUGGACAGCUUUUCUUAAACACCAGAAACUUCACAUUGGAAAGGAAUUUGAGGACUGUAAGAGAGUCUACAAACAGGACCUAUUCUAAUAGAUAGCAGAAACCAAAUGAAUGUAGUAAAACUACAAAAAGCCUGAUGGAGACCACAUCUUAUUGCACUACAGAUGGGUUUUAUUAGGAAGACCAUGUGAAGGUGGGAAAGCAUAGAAAAUUCCUGCCGGAUUUGUCAAAGAUGUAAGUAUAAUCAAGUGGAAAAGCUAAAAGCUCUUGGACGUAAUCACCUUUUUUUUUCUGUCUCAGAAUUGACACUAGAAUAUGGUCCC